GGACCGUCUGUUUAACUGGAUAAGAUUACGCUUCAGUAACACUACAGGAGUGUGAGCGCCAAUGCGUUUGUGAUGACCCUGAAUUCCGAGUCCUUUUUGAAGAUGAUUGCUGCUAUUGCACUGUGUAUUUCCCUGCUCACUGGAAUUUCCUGCACUCCAGCGCCUGACCAGCACGCACAUGGAGUGGACUGGUUGACUCGUUACGGUUACUUACCACCUUCCAACUCUCCAGUUGGCCGACUGCAAAUGAAGGAGGGAAUUGAAAGAGCUGUCCGUGAGAUGCAGCGCUUUGCUGGGCUCAAAGAGACAGGACGGCUGGACAGUGCUACUCUAGCCUUAAUGGGGACCCCUCGCUGUUCCCUCCCAGACAUUCUCAGUCCAGAGGACCUUCUAAAGAAGAGGAAGAGGAGGAACAUGAGGAAGAAGAGAUACAGUUUGUCAGGGAUGAGCUGGGAUAAGACGAAUAUCACCUGGAGUGUAGAGAGUUUCCCCUCUCUCUCCCACUCUCCCUCACUGACACCUGCCCUGGUGGAGCUCAUCCUGUCCUAUGCUCUGAAAGUGUGGGGCGACGCGGCCCCCCUCAGCUUCACCCUGCUCCGCCCAUCCCCUCAUGCCCCGCCCCACAGCGCCGACAUUAAAGUGAGCUUCACCAGGGGCUAUCAUGACGAUGGAUAUCCCUUCGAUGGCAAGGGGGGCACACUAGCUCACGCUUUCUUUCCAGGAAUAGGUGACACACACUUUGAUGACGAGGAGAACUGGAGCUACGGAGUUGAAGGCAGAAGCACAGAUCUGUUCACGGUGGCUGUUCAUGAAUUCGGCCACGCCCUAGGCCUCACACACUCCUCCUCCAGACACUCCAUCAUGAGGCCGUACUACAGCGGAGCAGUGGGAGACAUCCCAACUUACACGCUGCCUGCAGAUGAUAGACUUGGCAUACAGGCACUUUAUGGAACAAGAAAGGAUCUGACUCCGCCUCCCACUGUCGAUCCGCCCACACCCAGUCUGCCACCCCGACAUGCAACACCACGCCCAGACCCAUCUCUUCUGGAUCGAUGUCAAGGCGGUUAUGAUGCUAUCGCGAACAUCAGAGGAGAAGUGUUCUUCUUCAGGCGCCAAUACUUCUGGAGGGUGCACCACUCAGGCUCGCUAAUGUCUUUUAUUCCAGCUGUAAUUCACAACUUCUGGAUUGGUCUUCCUCCUGAAAUAGACAAAAUUGAUGCGGUAUAUGAGAGGAGUGAUGGCCACAUUGUCUUCUUUAUAGGUGACCAGUACUGGGUGUUUAGAGACAGGACGUCCCUCCCUGGCUACCCUCAGCCGCUGACGCGGUGGAGAAUGUGGAAUUCUGCAGGAGAGGCUCCAGCACGAGUAGAUGCUGUGUUUGUGUGGCCCCAUAAUGGUAGGACCUACGUGUUUAGUGGUGGAGAAUACUGGAGGUUUGAUGAGGCAAACUCAGACAGGAGACCUGAGGCAGGCUACCCCAAACCAGCCUCCAUCUGGGGAGAACCCUCUGACCCUGAUGAUAUCAUUGGCAUGCGAGAUGGAGAUACCUAUUUCUUCAAGGGCGCAUCUUACUGGAUAUUAAAGAGAGGCAGACUGGACAAGGACGCCACUUCACCAAAGUCCAUCGCAGCCGACUGGAUGAAAUGUGAUGAUUUCCUAAGUUCCCCUCACAAACCCAGAGACCGAGGAUGUGGCUGUAACACAGGCGGAGCAGCUUCGGUUCAAGCAUCUCUGCAGUUAAUUGUUCUCUUUGUCACAACAGCUUUAUGUUAUGUUAAUUAUUAUGUGCCUUUUAGUUGUUUAAUGAUGUACAGUAUUUCUUCAUGAUCAGGUCAUUUUUCCCAGUUAUUCAAGCCUAAUAGUGUUAAAUAUUUGCACCGCCUCUUACAUUCUGUGAUUUUUCAUGUUUAUUCUGUUAUGUUGCUCUGCUUUUUUCUACUUUUUUAAUGAAAUUGUAUUGUUUCCUACGGAGCCACACUGGUGACAUCCCAUAUAAAUAAGAAUAAUGCGUGGCCACGCCUUAUUAACGCGUGGAAACAAGAUCCUAAUGCUUGGCAAC